CCCAGAAAAUGAUGCAGUUGAUUUGAUAUUAGAGGUUGAUGAAUCUCAAUUCUUUAACUCAGAAAAUGAGAAAAAAAAUGAGACAAACAGUUCUCAAGAUGAUCUUAAUGGUGAAAAGUCGCAGUUGCAAUUACAUAUCAGUCUUACAUUUGAUAUGACCGACUUUCACUCAGACAAUUCAGGCAUUCAUCGUCGUAGUUAUGAAUGUUCCAAAUCAUGUGGUACUACUGAGAUCACUUGUAUGUCACUUGUUGACAAACAUAACCAUGAAAUGGAUCCCAUCAUCGAUCAAACAGCACCACACUUUCGCAGAUUGUUAGAAGAAAUGCUUGAAGAUAUAAAGUUUUAUACUUGUCAUACU